UUUUUGACCUCGAUCUCGAUUUUAAUUCGCGGUAUUAUCAAACAUGGCUACUUCACGAAAGUCACUUGUCUUUGUCACUGGAAAUGAAAACAAAUUAAAAGAGGUUGUGGCCAUAUUAGGAGAUACAUUUCCAUGGAAAAUUAUUGCAAAGAAAAUCGACUUACCUGAAUUUCAAGGAGAACCAGAUGAUAUCAGCAUAGAGAAAUGUAAGAUUGCAGCAAAAGAGAUAAAAGGACCAGUGAUAGUAGAGGAUACUUGCCUUUGUUUCAAUGCAUUAGGAGGUCUGCCUGGUCCAUACAUAAAAUGGUUUCUAGAGAAAUUAAAACCAGAAGGCCUUUAUAGAAUGUUAUCUGGGUGGGAAGACAAAUCAGCUUAUGCUUGUACUUUUGCAUACUCUAAUGGGGAUUCAAAUGAUGACGUUCUUUUAUUCAGGGGAAAACAAUGGGAACGAUCGUCGAACCUCGUGGUCCAAGGAAUUUUGGAUGGGACCCUUGUUUUCAACCAGAUGGUUUUGACAAAACGUAUGCAGAACUGGAUAAAGAAAUUAAAAAUUCAAUUUCACACAGAGGAAAAUCACUAGCAGCUCUAAAGGAAUAUUUCUUAGAACUGAACAAUAAGCCAGUUGAGAAAAAGGCGAAACACGAAGAAAACAAUAGUAUUUGAAUCACAAUCUUGUAUGUUUUGUGCGGCAAGUCAUAUAAUUGAAGAAGAAUUUUUAAACUUUUAGAUGAU